ACAGAAAGUGAGCAACGUUUGGACAACGUGAGACGCGCGAGCGUUUUCUGCACAGUUGUUCAUUCCUUUAAAGUCAUUACCAGCUGGAAAAUAUUAACAGGCUUCAUCACGACACGAAACACUGCACUAAAGCAGUGUGCUGGUCAUGGCUCUGAAUAAGUCCAUGCAUCCCCGGAACCGUUAUAAAGACAAACCACCGGACUUCGGUUACCUGGCCUCCAAAUAUCCUGACUUCCAGCAGCACGUGCACACCAGCCUCACCGGAAGACCCGUAGUGAAUUUCAAAGAACCGGAGGCGGUGCGAGCACUGACCUGCACCCUGCUGAAGGAGGACUUUGGUCUGACCAUCGAGAUCCCUCUGGAGCGCCUCAUACCCACCGUCCCCCUCCGCCUCAACUACAUCCACUGGGUGGAGGACCUCAUAGACGGCCAGAAGCAAUCACGAAGGGGCAUCGACAUCGGCACUGGGGCGUCUUGCAUCUACCCCUUGCUGGGAGCCACAAUGAACGGCUGGUACUUUCUCGCCACAGAGGUGGACGACAUCUGUUUUGACUACGCUACGAAAAACGUGGAGCAGAACAACCUGUCCGACCUCAUUAAAGUUGUCAAAGUCCCUCAGAAGACUUUACUGAUGGACGCCUUGAAAGAGGAGACAGGAAUUGUCUAUGACUUCUGCAUGUGCAACCCUCCUUUUUUUGCCAACCAGCUGGAGGCAAAGGGGGUAAACUCCAGGAACUCACGGCGACCUCCUCCAAGUUCAGUGAACACGGGCGGGGUGACGGAGAUCAUGGCGGAGGGCGGGGAACUGGAGUUCGUCAAGAGGAUUAUUCAUGACAGCCUGCAGCUCAAGAAACGCUUGCGGUGGUACAGCUGCAUGUUGGGGAAGAAAUGUAGCUUGGCACCUUUGAAAGAGGAGCUGAGGAAGCAAGGGGUGCCUAAAGUGACACACACAGAGUUCUGCCAGGGUAGGACCAUGCGGUGGGCGUUGGCCUGGAGCUUCUAUAAUGAUGUGACUGUUCCGUCUCCUCCCAGUAAGAAGCGUAAAUUGGAGAAGGCACGGAAGCCCCUGUCGUUCACACUACCAGAGGCGGGACUGAAGGCACUCCAGGCCAAGGCCUCGGCUUUAGGCUUUAUUGCACACAGCCCUGUGGACAGCAUCACUGCUCUGCUGGAGAAAACGCUCACUGACCUGCGGGUGCUGCACAAACGCAUCCCAUGCAGCAAGCAGGAGCAUAGCCUCUUUCUAACGGCUGUGGAAAACACUUGGAUCCACGGACGUCAGAAGAGACGUGAAGGGUCCCGUCAGUUGCGAGAGCUUCCCAGAGCGCCUCACUGUGCUGGAACCAGCUCUCAAACCACUUUGGUCACAUCUGCUCCUGCCACAACCCCAGUAACUCAAAACCUGUCUGCCUCUACACAAAACAGCAGCGCCCAGGGUGACAGCGCUCAAAACGAAACUAUGUCUGCACAGGAGCUAACUGGGCAGCAGCAGCCUGCAGAGCAGGUGGCCAACGGCGCUUCUUCAAAUGAGACAACUAAAGAUGUAACACACAAACCAGCUGGAGAGCAAACAGAGGUCUUAAAAGCUGUAUCAGGGGAAGAUGUGGACAUGGAGUCUUCUACGUCCACAGAAGCAGGUCAGGAAACUGGUCCAAAGGAAGCACCUGCUACAACACAUGAACCACCCCCUAAGCAAGCCCUGAGCCAUGGUGCAGUGGAACACUUCCUGUUAAAGUGUCUGCUGAAUGUGAUGCUCGAGGAGAAUAACGCAGUGAUUGAGAUGCACUGGGUCGAGGGUCAGAAUAAAGACCUAAUGAACCAGCUGUGCACUUACCUGAAGAACACACUUUUAAGGUCUGUCACAAAGUCCUAAAUAACAGAUCUUUUAAAUAGUCAGGUGUAAAAAUACAGCAACUAAAAUUUUACAAGUAUUAUUUUUAGAGAUGAUUAUUGACUGCUUGUUUCUUUUUGGACAGUAAAAAUUAUUCUAAUGUGCAAAAAUGUACACAGCUUUUGAGAAGUUUGGGCAGUGUUCACUGUGAUAUCUGGAGGUUUAUUCCAGUAGAUAGUCACACUGACGUGUUGCCAUUAAUAUCAACUAAUUUUCUUGUACUUUGCAGUUUACAUACCUUUGUUACCUAGUACAUACUCAUGCUGUACAUUGGUAUUUUUUGCUCAAAAAUUUGCAAUAAAUGUUCAUUUUUCUAACAUG